AGAGCUUGACAGCGGGAACGCUAGGCACUGUUUGGUCCUUCAGGCAGUGACUACAUCUGGUGGCUGUCAAAAGGCAAAUGAUCAAAUGUAACCAACGGCAUGUGCAAUCUUAGCUUGUGAAAAGGGGUGGCAGCUUGUUCACACCCUUCAUGGCAAGAUCCUUAUGCUUCUUGCGUGGUGGACCCAUGUGUCCUAGGACUGGCUUCAUAUUUCCACUUGUGCCCAGGAUUCUACCAUUCGGGAACAUGCACAAAUGCAAGCUGCUCAUUUAUUGGAUUGGUUUGCUUCAGCAACUGUCAAAGCUGUCCAAGGUGUCUCUGGAGUGCAGAAAUACAAUGAGCAUUUUUCACAGCAGCCUCUGGUUUGGUGACAGUUCAACUUCAAGAGACUGCACUUCACAAAACAGGUGGAAAAUAGAGGAGGGAAAUGAAAGUGGGGCAGCCAAUUGGAGGCCCAGAUGCCUUGAUAACACGUUCGAAGCUGGCUUCCUGUUUCACCACGACAGGAAGUGGGUGUAUGUCAGCAGCAACAAGGUGCAGACAUCUCUGGAGCUUCUCUGCAAUACAACUAGAGCCCAAUCAUGGAUAAGGACUAUGUCGGCUUUGCCACCUUGCCCAGCCAAGUCCACAGGAAAUCUGUGAAGAAGGGCUUUGAUUUCACACUGCUGGUAGCAGGAGAAUCUGGACUGGGGAAAUCUACUCUUGUCAAUAGCCUGUUCUUGACGGACUUGUACAAAGACCGGGAGCUUCCAGAUGCUCAAGCCAGGAUCCCACAAACUAUGGAAAUUAUCAAACAUGCAAUCGAUAUUGAAGAACGGGGGGUGAAAGUGAAACUGACAGUGAUUGAUACUCCAGGAUUUGGGGACGCAGUGGACAACACUGAGUGCUGGAAGCCAAUUGCCCAUUACAUUGAUUGCCAGUUUGAACAGUAUUUUCGGGAUGAGAGUGGCUUGGACCGCAAGAACAUUCAGGAUGGACGGGUCCAUUGCUGCCUUUAUGUCCUGUCUCCUUUUGGACAUGGGCUUCGGCCCCUAGACAUUGCAUUCCUCCGAGCCAUACAUGACAAAGUCAACAUUGUGCCAGUGAUUGGAAAAGCAGACUGCUUGACUCCAACAGAGGUGCAACACAAGAAGGAGAAGAUCCGGCAGGAAUUAGAAGAAAAUCAGAUCAACAUAUACGAGUUCCCUGACUGUGACUCAGACGAAGAUGAAGAGUUCAAAGCUCAGGUUGUUGACAUGAAGCACAGCAUUCCUUUUGCUGUCAUUGGAUCUAGUCACGUGGUCAGGGAGUUGAAGGACAAAGUGUUCCGGGGAAGGCAAUACCCCUGGGGAACAGUGGAAGUGGAAAACUCUUCUCAUUGCGACUUCCUCAAACUACGGAGCAUGUUGAUUCAAACCCAUAUGCAGGACUUAAAGGAUGUCACCCACGAGGUUCAUUAUGAGAACUACCGUGCACAGUGCAUUCAGAGCCUGACCAGAACUGGGGUGCGGGACCGCAGCAGUCGCGCGAAACUGUCACGCCAGAGUGCCACCGAGCUGCCCCUCCUGCCUCUGGCCGAAACCGAGAAACUGAUUCGUGAGAAAGAUGAGGAGCUCCGCCGGAUGCAGGAGAUGCUCCAGAGGAUGCAGGCACAGAUGCUGCAGAGUCAGGGGGAGCAGUGUGACAGCCUCUGAAAUGCUGUGGAGCCCUCCUCCCAUGCUGCCACGGGACUCCGGAGAGGAGACAGAUGGAGACUCCAAGCUACUUCCACAUGACGAGGGUCCGAAGAGGACCACUAGCUUUACAAACAGCAGUGUCUGUGCUAAUGUGUACACUGCACCUUUGUGGAACAGGGAGGAAAAGACCCCUUAAGCACACCACUAGUUAACAUACCUCUGUCUCCCCCAUAUAGCCUUGUGCUUUCUUCCACUUACUCUCAGUAGUGCUAACUCACAGGUAUAGUAAUGUUUCAAGAAAAAUGCAAGAACUGUCAACAAAAAUAAAAUCUGUUUUAUGAGAA